AUCUGACCAGGCAGAUACCUUCUGCUUUCCCGGAGUGUGUGGUCGUGACGUGUUUUGCUUGCGCGCGCUCUGGGUGUUCCACGUCCGUGGAGAGGGAUGUGAGCAGGAAGUGAGGAGCAUGAUGAAGAUGAGCACACGUAGCUGGGUAGAGAGCUCUUAAGUUAAAGGGAAGGAUGGGCAGACAAAGGCAUGGCAAGAGAGUGAUCUCCAACAGCAGUAAAGAUGGAAGCGAUUCUGUUCCUCAUGGCAAGGAGGAUAAGAAAAAAGACAUUGCGAACUCCAUCCUUCACCGCAAAGAGAAGAAGAAGAAACUGGACAUUGCAAAGCUUUUGAUCAACAUUUCCAUCGGCCUCUGCAUAUUUAGCUUAAUCUGGUUCUUCUAUGCCAUUUACAUGCGCUCCUAUAUGGCCAGAAGGAUCAUUACCCCUCACCCCUCCCCUAAAAUCUUGGAUCCUAACAGCACCAGUCCGGCUGUGUCUCCUCAUCUCUUCUGGGGCUCCUACAGACCACAGGUUUAUUUUGGGAUGAAAACGCGGAGUCCCAAAUCGGUUGUGACAGGUUUGAUGUGGAUGCGUCAGUUUGGAGGGAUGGAUGUGAACCUGCGACACACCUGCGAACAAGGAGACCGGCUGCAAAGCUACGGCUGGCUGAUGCACGACGGGGUGAACUUUGGGAUCCAGGAGGUCAGGGACACGGAUUUCACUUUAACCACAGAGUUUGUGAAGAGACCAGGAGGGGAGCAUGGAGGAGACUGGACCUGGAGGAUCACAGCCAAACAGCAGAGCCCCGCAGCCCAGACCCCAGUGAUCUCACUGAUGUUCUACGUGGCUGCAGACAGUCAUGGGCCCCUGCAGGCACACAUUGAGGAGAGGAACCGCCUGGGGUCAGUGACAGGAUCCUCCGAGGAGCUGGGCCAGUUCAAACUCACCUUCCGCAAACCUUCGGCUGGGGAUAGCUCGACUGCAAAGUAUGCCAGCUAUAACCACCUUAAGACUGUCAGUCCAGGUUUGGAGAAAUUAACAGACAUAGUCAAGAACAGCCUGAGUGGCAGGUUCAUCUACAACCCCCCCUCUGGUGAAAAGCGACACUACAUUGCAGUGGACACCUACAAGCCCCCACCUCCACAGCAGCAGCAGCAGCAGCGUGGGGAGAGCAGGAAGGAGAGUGACUUUGUGGUUCACCAGGUGACUGUGCAGGUCCCCUUCCAAAUCGAGGUGCUCUUCGAGUCUGCCAGCUUCAGGGACCGGCCCAACCAGCUGGCUGCCGAGGUCUUAACGGAGGAGUUGGAGAAACGGAAGUCAGCUUUUGACGCAAAGUUUGAAGAAACCUUCGGCCUCCACAGGAAAGGGUACAUGCCGGCUCAGAUUAAGUUCAGCAAAGCCGCGCUGAGCAACAUGCUGGGUGGGAUGGGCUACUUCUACGGACAGUCUGCUGUUCAGUCCAAAUACAACGAGUAUCCACUGGCUUACCCCGAGGGCCCCUUGUUUACUGCCGUCCCGUCCCGUUCCUUCUUCCCCCGGGGCUUUCUCUGGGAUGAGGGCUUCCAUCAGCUCCUCAUUAACAAGUGGGAUCCACAGCUCACCAGGGAGUCCCUUGCCCACUGGCUGGACAUGAUAAAUGUGGAAGGCUGGAUCCCCAGGGAGCAGAUUCUGGAUGACGAGGCUCGCAGCAAAGUUCCCGUGGAGUUCAUCAUUCAGAGAAACGAGAAUGCUAACCCGCCCACCCUGUUCCUGGCCUUGCAGAAGCUCCUUGUCAGUUUUGUGGUGAAAGAAGGAGAAGAAGCAGGUAAGGACACCAAAGCCUUCUUAAAAAGACUCUUCCCCAGGCUCCAGACUUGGUUUGAGUGGUAUAACACCACCCAGGCGGGACCCGUCCCUAACUCCUAUCGGUGGAGAGGGCGGGACAAGGACACCAAUCUGUUCCUCAACCCUAAGACCCUCACAUCAGGCCUGGAUGACUACCCCAGGGCCUCACACCCUUCCCAGGACGAGAGGCACGUGGACCUUCACUGUUGGAUGGCCCUGGCUUCUGGAGUCAUGGCAGAUAUUGCCAAGCUGCUGGGGGAGCCCCAUCAGGAAUAUGAAAAGACACACCAAGUUCUUAGUGACAACUCUGUGCUGGAGGAGCUCCACUGGUCCGAGCAGCUCAAGACCUUUGCCGAUUACGGGAACCACACUGAGUCGGUGGCCCUCCAGCGGGAGAAGGUCUACGUCCCUCCUGGCCAGCCCAGACACCAGUUUCCGACUGCCAGGCUGGUGCGCUCUGUCCGCAAAGCCCCCAAGCUGCAGUAUGUCAACUCGUUGGGCUACGUCAGCCUCUUCCCUUUUCUGCUGCAGAUCCUGCAGCCAGAUUCUCCCAAGCUGGAGCAUAUCCUCAAGGACAUGCGGGACGAUCAGAAGCUCUGGACCCGGUAUGGACUGCGCUCCCUUUCAAAGUCUGACCCGCUGUUCAUGAAGCGGAACACGGAGCACGAUGCCCCUUAUUGGCGUGGGCCCAUAUGGAUCAACAUUAACUACCUAGCUGUCAGGGCACUGCAUUAUUAUGCCAAUACUGAGGGGCCCUAUAAAGAAAAGUCAGCAUCGCUCUAUCAAGAGCUGAGGACUAAUAUCAUUGAGAACGUUUACAGACAAUACAUGGAGAGCGGUUACAUCUGGGAACAGUACAAUGACAGUACAGGGAGGGGGCAGGGAAGCCAUCCUUUUACCGGCUGGUCUGCUUUGUGUGUGUUAAUGAUGGCAGAGCAGUAUUGAAACAGGCUUUACUGGGAUGUCGUCUUUUUCUUUUUUUUUUUUUCUUUUUUUUUUUAAAUCAACAUUUUCUGUCCAAGAUCCUGUGCCACCAUAUUUCUCUCAAAUGUUUGUCUUCAGUUUCUUCCAUCAUUUCAAUUGUGAAUAAUCAUCUGGAAUAUCUCUGUUUUUUUUUUUUUCUUUUUUUGACGUGAUUAUUUUUCUUAAGUUGUUUUGUAAAGAAUCUUUAAAGAGUUCUUUUUUUAUCGUGCUGAUUAUCCUGUUGAGCUAAUAAUUAUCCUUGUUCCUUGAUCAGACUGGGCUUGUUUUAACUGGAAUUACAUAAAUUGUUUGUUUUGUACAUAACUUUAAUCCAUUGCACAGUUUGCCCCGUUUUUCUCUAAACGGAACAAAAGCUCUUUAUCAAACAUCACAGUAACAAAACUUAGUGAUCCUGCUUCUUGAAUCCUGAAUGCCAUAACAUCUUCGGAAGUUGUUUCUCACUCAUUUUGUAAUGGUGCUUGUGGUUUUUUCCUUUAAUAAAAUGGUGAAAAAUGA